UGAAGCAGCAACGCAUUUUUUUUUUCGCGGUCGGUGCACCGAGCGCCGUGUUCCGCUUUGAGCUUGUUGAUCACAACGUGCUCGGCGUGUUGUUUUGAAGAUCUUAUCACGAAUUCUCGUAGAAAGAGUCAGUGUGCGCUGAACUUUGAGAUAUGUUUUUAUUUGCUCGUUGAGCGCGAACGCGGGCGUCUUGGGUGAACCGCGAUGAACUAGCAUUUUGACACUCUUUUUCGCUACCAGUGCCGACUGUAGGGGCUUCAUGUGCAUUCGCGAACGUCCUUCGUUCAGCGGUUCGUCUCGGGCGACUGCCGGUGUCGGAUGAAUGGCGAAGCUGACGCUGGCAAGGUGAUGUUCCCGCUCAGUGACAGUGUUGGGGCAUGAACUCGUGCGCCCGGUCUUCUCCUUCAGAACCUUUCAGCGUUUUGUCCUGGACAGCUGGCACCGCCGAUUGAUGAACAGCAGACAGUGACCAACGGAGUAAUGAUUCCCUCACUCCACCUGCUGCUUGCUCUGUUAGCAUUCGCGAGGGCCGCGCGUGAGGAACGCCACGGUCCCGUGUUCAUCCGGGCACCCCCCGGCCGAGUGGAGUUCCUCAACUCGACCCAGACUGUGGUGCCGUGCGACGUGCAGGGCGUGCCACGGCCCGAGGUCUGGUGGUGGCGAGUAGGCUCCCAGGGACCCGCGCCGGACAUUCCGGGUCUUCGUCACGUCCGCGUGCAAGACGGCGCGCUCGUGUUCUCGCCCUUUCGUGCCGAGGACUUUCGCCAGGACAUCCACGCCGCCGUGUACCGAUGCGGUGCUCGAAACAGCGUCGGCUCCAUCGUCAGCGGUGACGUUCACGUCAGGGCCGCCGUGAACCAGGAGUUUGACGUGCAAGUGUACGAUGAGUUCGUCAUCAAAGGCAACACGGGCGUCCUACGCUGCCAGAUACCAAGCUACGUCAAGGAAUACGUCACGGUGACGUCGUGGGUUCGAGACGAUGGUCUUGUCGUUCACGCCGACUCUGAUUCUGGUGGUCGCUUCACAGUGUUUCCAUCCGGAGAGCUGCACGUCCGCAAGGUGGAUCCAGCUUCCGACAGUCACCGCAAGUACUACUGUCAAGCGAAGCACAGGCUCACCGGAAAGGUCUUCCGGAGCACAACAGUCGCCAGGCUUAUCAUCAUCGACACGCACGUGAACACCGCCCCGAGGCUCACCGAUCGGCGUCCCGUGGUAAGGGCGCGGCAAGGCGACAACGUGAAGAUACCGUGUGCGGCUCAGGGUUACCCGGUGCCUUCGUACUCCUGGCACCGAGUCGAAGGCGGCUGGCAGGUGGCCCUGGACUCGCCGGCGGGCCGUGUGUCCCAGGCCGACGGCACGCUGCUCUUCAGACGCGCCCAGGUCUCGGACGGCGGCAAGUACGUGUGCGUCGUCAACAAUUCCAUCGGUCAGGACCGCAUGGAGACGCAACUGGUGGUCACCGCCCCGCUGACAGUCACUGUUCGCCCUCGGCGUACUCUGGCCACCGAAGGUGCGCCGGCAACCCUCAACUGCACCACCACUGGCCACCCGGUGUCGUCGGUGGUGUGGCUGAAGAAUGGGCAGCCGGUCUCCUCUCGCGUCAAGAUGCUCACGCGAGAGACGCUGCACAUCCCCAAUGUACUGCGCGAUGACAAGGGGAUGUACCAGUGCUUCGCUCUCAGUGACUACGACUGGGCACAGGACAUAGCGGAAAUCACACUAGGCGACGAUCCCCCCGUACUGACAUAUCGCUUCGCCGAGCAAACAGUGGAUCCUGGCGUCCCGGUGUCCCUCAAGUGCACCGCCACCGGCGCACCCCUACCUCAGAUCACGUGGACACUGGACGGUGAACCCGUGGUCGAGACGAUGCGGUUGCGCAUCGGAGACUUCGUGACCAACGAUGGCCAGGUGAACAGCUUCGUGAACCUGACCGCUGCUACUACAGAAGACGGUGGUCGCUACCAGUGCCACGCCAGCAACGACGCCGAAACCGUGUCCCACGGCGCCAGGCUUAACGUGAGGGGGCCGCCUUUGGUGCGAGCCAUGCGCAACGUGUCCGUGCUGGCCGGCCGCACUCUGAUCGUCCACUGCCCUGCCGCUGGACACCCGCUCAGCCAAAUCCUCUGGUACAAAGGGGACGCAAGGUUGCCGCAGAGCAAGCGCCAGAGCGUGUUCCGGAACGGCACGCUCGCUAUUCACCGGGUGGAGAGGAGCGGGGACGAAGGCGGCUACCGGUGUGUGGCCACGGGCCCUGCGGGGAAGUCUGCCUCAAAGGACCUCUACGUCACCGUCAUGGUGGCUCCUGUGGUGGGUCCCUUCUCGUUCCCUGCCAACUUGAAGGAAGGCAUGCGCGCCAUCGUCACCUGUUCGGUGCUGGAAGGGGACAGUCCCGUCCGGAUCCGAUGGCUUCGAGAUGGAGCUCCCCUCGCACCCGACGGCAGAGACGUCAAGGUCGAGUCUAGCAACGAGUUCUCCUCCACGCUUUUCAUCAAAGAGGUGGGCUUCAACCAUCGGGGCGAAUACACGUGCGUCGCAUCCAACUCGGCUGCGUCGGCAAACUACUCUUCCAACAUGGUCGUGAACGUGCCUCCUCGUUGGAAAGUUGCGCCGAAAGAAAAAGCCUCGGUGGUCGGUGAAAACGUUGUCAUUGACUGCCAAGCAGAAGGGUCUCCUGCUCCGAGAAUCUGGUGGGAGAAAUCAUCAGCUUCGCGACCGUCCGAGUACAAAGUGAUCAUCAGCAACUCUCACAUACACGCCCUGGAAAACGGCUCGCUCAUGGUGCGCGAGGCCGAGCGAAACGACAGCGGGUUCUACCUCUGUCAGGCCAGCAACGGUGUGGGAUCCGGAAUAAGUAAGGUCAUCGAACUGAAAGUCCACGUACCUGCUCGCUUUAAAAGCGCAUUCAACUCGAAGACUCUGCAGAAAGGCAACACGGCGCAUAUCAAAUGUGAAGUUUUCGGUGAGAAGCCGCUGACUAUUGCAUGGAACAAGAAUGGCCAACCUCUUGGACCAAAACACGAUCAGAGAUACGACAUUAAAACCAGCGAAAAAGAAGAGAGCCUCACGUCUCAGCUUGAAAUACAAGCCGUCGACAGAAGAGACUCGGCGUUGUUUGCUUGUAUAGGGAGCAAUAAACACGGUCAAGAUGAAACCCGGACGCAGUUGAUUAUACAGGAAACCCCCGGAGCACCGUUCAACGUACGAACUUCCGAUGUCACCAGCCGAUCUAUGGUGGUCACGUGGGACCAGCCGUACACGGGGAACAGCCACAUCACAGCCUACCGGGUGCAGACCAAGACGUCAGGCAUGAAAUGGAGUGGAGAUAUCCGAGAGAACAAGGUACAGGGAACCGUGACAACAGUGACGCUCAGAGAUCUGCGACCGACGACUCAGUACAUCAUUCGAAUUCAAGCUGAAAAUUCUUUGGGGGCUGGUGACUACAGUCAAGAAGUGCAGGUGACGACUGACGAAGAAGCGCCUGAAGGCCCGCCGCUAAACGUCCAGGCCACACCAGUUUCCUCAACUUCUCUCAAGGUGACAUGGCAGCCACCAAAAAAGGACUACCAAAAUGGCCUGCUCAAGGGAUACUACGUGGGCUACAAAAAGCACGGGUCCUCGGACACCUACGUCUACAAGACUGUCGACACAACGGGGAGCGUCAAAGAGGAGGUUCUGCUCACGUCACUGCAGCGCUCCACAAAGUACACAGUGCUGGUACAAGCAUUCAACGAGAAAGGGACUGGCCCACCGUGCGAGGAAAUCCAUCUUGAAACCUUUGAGAAUGAUCCACCGCCACCACCAUCACUGAGUGUCUUCAGCACCAGUUCUUCUUCUAUCCAAUUGCAAUGGAAUCCAAACACAAAUGAGGAGCCGACCAUAAUGGGUUACUACGUAUACGUCAAGGUUCAACAUGGAACAUGGGAGGAGCAUCAGGUUCCUGCUCACCAGACAACACACACCUUCCAAGAUCUUCUAUGUGGAACAAAUUACCAGUUUUAUGUGGCGUCUUACAACAAAAUGGGCAAGAGUGACCCCAGUGAAGUGAUGUCAGCAAAGACUCAGGGUGCACCGCCAGUGGCACCCAAGCGUGAUGCCGUGCUCACUGUGAAUGGCGCUACGCUGACGGUGCAUCUGAGCAGCUGGAGUGCAGCGGGCUGCCCCAUACAGUCUUUCACGGUGCAGUACCGGGUGCAGGAUGUGGGCGAGGAGGAAUGGGUGCUUGUGUCGGACUCCAUCCCGGCUGAGCAAAAGGUGCUCGUUGUGCCCGACCUGGUUCCCGGGAAGUGGUACACACUACGGGUAGCAAGCCACAGCGAGGCGGGAACGACAGAGCACGACUACACCUUCAGCACAUUCACAAGAACUGGAGCUAGCAUUCCUCCCUUGAACAGCCUGGAGGGACGGAAGCCCGCAUUUUACAAGAGUGUCAGCAUCAUGGUGCCACUCCUGUGUGUCCUGGCUGUCAUUGUACUCAUAGUGGCAGUGCUAGCAUUCAUCAUACCACGGAGACGAAGGCAGGCAGCGCCAAACCACUUCAUCGAUUCAUGCUCUGAAGACAAGAACUUGGAGGCCAUGAGCUUGUCCAUCCUGAAGCAGACUGGUAGCAGCCUGGAGAGUGCCAGCCCCAACAAGGAACAGCUUUACUAUCCUUCUCCAUAUGCCAUGGGUCAGGUGCAGGCACUUGGCAAGCAAGGGGGUGGCUGUGCAGAUGGUGAAGCAGCUGCAGCGCAGACACUCAAGAGAACGAGACGGGAACACAUCUACGAGGUACCCUACCCAAGAUGGACUGAAGAAGAACACUAUUCACAUAUGAGAGAUGGCACGCCUGCUCCCGUGUCCAACAUUUAUCAGACUCCUCGAAAAACUGGUUUGGCAACUAGAACAAAUUCCGACUCUGCUGCACAGCUAGCCAUGGAAGAACAGCGACUGUCCAGAGAAAGCAGAAACCAUAGAUUGGGUUUCAAGUCAUCUAGCCUAGCCUCUGACAAUCAUUCUGCUGCAGAUGACAGCGACAGUGAGGGUGCGGCGUACACGUUUCGCCUGACAACAAAUGGAAGCUACGGUGACCACCAAGAAAUGUCAGAGGCAGAGUGCGACAGGGAUCAGCACACAAGAGCAAAGCACCUGGAAGCACUGGGAAUUCACGUCACUCCGGGCUACGGCAUAACCUGAGACAUACUGCAAUCGCAAGAUCCAACCGAAGUGAGGGAGACGUGUGUGUGAAUCACUUCCUCUCCCGCUGGUCGUCCUCGCAAAACUGCACAGAAGCUACAUGCCGCACAAACACUGCCGCAGUUGGUGUGUGUGCGUUGUUGAUCGUUGGUUCUUGCUCAUCGACAUUCCUGAUGCGCUCCAUGUCAAGACUGCCAGGCGUGCUCUCAAGCUCGGGCGCGAGGACCCAGAGUGUUCUAAACGGGAGCCUGCAUAUCGUGCCUCAGUGGGAUGAGUCUGCGCUGCAUUUUUGUAUAUAAUUGCGUGAAAAAAAAAAUCUCUUUUUGUCAUGGAAAACUGCACGUUGCUGCAUUUCACCAGUGCAUUCACACUGCCGAUUUGGUCCUCAGAGAAACAUGGCUAUGGCCCUUACUCAUAAUUUGACCACGAGAGAGGUUAUGAGGAAGAAUAAUAAGGAAAGCCGAGCUAGUUGGCAUGAAUGCGUUGUGGGGUGACGCAAGAACAAAGGGACACAGGCUAGAAAGACAAUAGAUUCAGGAAUCAUCUUUCAAGCCUGUGUCCCGAUGUUUUUGCGCUACUCCAUAAUGUAUCCUAUGCAUUCCCCAUAGUCCUGCUUUAUUGAGCCCAGUCGUUUAUGCUAUGUUUCAAGUUUGUUCUCUGAUAUUAAUGCAACCACUGAACAUAUUAAGUUUUGUAGACUUCUCUUUCUUUUUUGGCCAUGCAGGUCUAAUCUAUGGCCAUAGAGACUCUAAUCAAGUUUGUUGCUUUGAAAGGUUUAUUUACAACUUGCAAGAUGAGACCUUGGAAGGAAGAUGACAAUAUGACUUACUAUCAGAAAUUGUAGACUUGCAUAACACGGGAACUGUUCUUGACGUUCUUUGAUGAAGGUUUAUCCUGCUUACACAGGAGUAGGCCUCACAGGAACAUGUAUUGCAGCUAGCACUGAAAAAAGUCUCGUGGAGUCAUUUCCAUGCCUGUUUUUGUAGUCUGCCUUACUCGUGCUUCAUUUGUGGCUUACACACUUAUUGCAAAUGGUAUCAUGUGCACAGAAAAUAUUAACUGAAAAGGAUGCAAGGAGUUUGGUUUCUUGGCCGACAAGGUGCAGCUAACCAAUGCUAGUUAUCAAAUGGCUUGACAAAAAAAUGUUUUCCUUCCCAAAAAAUUUACAAUGAAUGGUUUGGAAUUUUUACAGUUGAACAAGUUCCACUUGAUUGCAGAUGUUUUGAAGUUGUUUGUGUGCGUGCAGGAGUGUGACACAGAAAGGUGUGAAUGUGCAGACUGAGAGCACAUGGAAGAUACCUACGUGAUGGAUGCAGGUUCGAUAUUUUCAUAAAGAAAAAUCUAGAUCUUUUGUAAAUAUGUGUACAUAAGUCAUGUUAUGAUUGAUCAAGCAGGCCAUGUUUUAUAUGCGGUGUACAGAAAAGAGGAUGUGCACAGCUAGAAUAAUAAUAUUUCUGUUUUACAUUAAGGAUGCCCAGAGUAUGCUGUUGUGAAGCGGAAGAAUAGGCAUUUCUUCAGCGCCAAAUCAUUAUUUGUUAUUGUGCUAGGCAUUGUGGCAGUUGACCUUACACGCACUUAUCAGAAUUGUUGAAUGAAUACACAUUUUUGUUUGAAUUGUGGGUGGAACUUCAUGUUAAAACAGUGCUUCAUGUUAUAGUGUCUUUUCAGGCAGGGAAGAAUGUCUGCAUUGCCCUAAAUAAAGUUCUGCAUUGAGGAUUUGCAUUGGCUUAUGCUGUAA